AGACGGCCAGCCCGAGGGAUGCUGUACGCUGCGGGCCAGGAGCGGGACUGUGCCGCGGAGAGCUCUGGACUUCCGGGGUUGGCUCAUACCCGGAGCCUGUGCCGGUGCCUGGGCGCGGCCCUUUAAACUUUCCCUGGUUUGGAAACUUCGGGGGUGUGGUCGCCGCGCCGCCUGUCCCCGACUCUCGGUCCUCCUCGCCCCCGGCUUCCCGAUGCUUCAGAGUCAUGAACCGGGAGGGCGUAGGGACCCCUCGGGUGGCCGAGGUGAUCAAAGAUCGCCUUUGUUUUGCCAUUCUGUACAGCAGACCAAAGAGUGCAUCAAACGAACAUUAUUUCAGCAUAGACAAUGAGCUUGAAUAUGAGAACUUCUACGCAGAUUUUGGGCCACUCAACCUGGCAAUGGUUUACAGGUAUUGCUGCAAGAUAAAUAAGAAGCUCAAGUCCAUUACAAUGUUAAGGAAGAAGAUUAUUCAUUUUACUGGCUCUGAUCAGAGAAAACAAGCAAAUGCUGCUUUCCUUGUUGGAUGUUAUAUGGUUAUAUAUUUGGGCAGAACGCCAGAAGACGCAUAUAGAUUAUUAAUCGUGGGAGACACUACGUAUAUUCCAUUCAGAGAUGCUGCUUAUGGAAGCUGCAGUUUCUACAUUACACUUCUUGACUGCUUUCAUGCCGUGAAGAAGGCGAUGCAGUAUGGCUUCUUGAAUUUCAACUCGUUUAACCUUGAUGAAUAUGAACACUAUGAAAAAGCAGAAAAUGGAGAUUUCAACUGGAUAAUACCAGACCGAUUUCUUGCCUUCUGUGGACCUCAUUCAAGAUCCAGACUGGAAAGUGGUUACUACCAACAUUCUCCUGAGACCUAUAUUCCAUACUUUAAGAGUCACAAUGUGACCACCGUUAUUCGUCUGAAUAAAAGGAUGUAUGAUGCGAAGCGCUUUACGGAGGCUGGCUUUGCUCACCAUGAUCUUUUCUUUGCGGAUGGUAGUACCCCUGCUGAGACAAUUGUCAAAGAAUUUCUGGAGAUUUGUGAAAACACUGAGGGUGCCAUUGCAGUCCAUUGCAAAGCUGGCCUUGGUCGCACGGGCACUCUGAUUGGCUGCUACAUCAUGAAGCACUACAGGAUGACAGCAGCGGAGACCAUCGCUUGGGUCAGGAUUUGCAGACCUGGCUCAGUGAUUGGGCCACAGCAGCAGUUUCUGGUCAUGAAGCAGUCGAGCCUCUGGCUGGAUGGUGACUACUUUCGUCAGAAGUUGAGGGGACAGGAGAAUGGACCACACAGAACAGCCUUCUCCCAGCUCCUCUCAGGUGUUGAUGACAUUUCCAUAAGUGGGGUUGAAAAUCAAGACAAGCAAGAGCCUGAGCUGUACAGUGAUGACGACGAAAUCAAUGGAGUGACACAAGGCGAUAGACUUCGGGCCCUGAAAAGUCGAAGACAAUCAAAAGCAAAUUCUAUACCUCUCACAGUAAUUCUUCAGUCGAGUGUUCAGACCUGUAAAACAUCUGAACCUAACCUUACUGGCAGUGCAGGCAUAACUAAACGAGCAACCAGAUCUGCUUCGAGGAAAAGCAGUCCUAAAAGCCUGGUUCCUCAGAGGGAAAGAAGGAAAAGGAGUGCUUUGCAGCCAAUGCCCGUGCAGGCAUUAUGUCCAUCCAUUUCAAGGACUAAGACAGUCUUGCGUUAAGUAAGCCCAUGACCAGAACUGAAGAAGAACUAGAAACAGGAAACUCCAGCAGGACUUAGAACAGUCUGGUUGAAAACCCAGAAUUACAGAAGCCUUAGUUGCUUUCCAUCUAAGAAGUUUACUCAAUGAAGACUGUCACUGGAGUUUCACUCACUAAGUUUGGGCCUCUGUUGAACACCUUGAGGGGCCCAACUCUCCUUUUUGUAGACUCGUCUCAAGUUGAGCCACAAAGAUGUCAUUGUAAGUUUAGUCUCAGGUGUAAAUACCCCAGCCCUCUGCCGUCCCGAGCGCCGCCUGGUCUGUGUGGUACAUGUGUCCCUGCGAUGGCAAUCCCGUUUGCUGCUGGCCUUCAGAAGGUUUGAGGGUCCUGAUGGAGGUCUAUUAUGUAUUUAUUUUCUGUUUGCAGCCCCAUGGAGGAAUUUAUAAAAUGAUACAAUGUA